AUAAGAGUCUCUCAUCGUCGGCUGUGUGUAUAAAACUCCAGCAGCCUCUCGGCUCCACAGAGCUUCAUCUCUGCCAUGGCUGUGGGUAAACUGCUCGCUCUGCUGGUUCUGCUCCAGUGCUCUGCAGCUUUGAUGGGAGCUGCAGUGAGGAGCUCCAUCAUUGGUGGGGGGGACGCCCCAAAAGGCAGGUGGCCUGGUUUGGUCUACCUUGACAUCAAGACAGACAGUGGGGAGAGAAAGUGGCACUGCAGUGGUUCAAUUCUCAAUCAGAAGUGGAUCAUGACUGCUGGGCGCUGCUGGGAUGAUGAACUGAGGACCAGGUGGGAUCGAACAGGAGUGUGGAUCGGCACAUAUGAGCUGGGCAUGCCAUCUGAACGUUACAUGAAUGUAGACCUUGUUGAUCGUCUACCUGAGUUCAGGGCUGAUGGCAAUGGCUUCGUCAAUGACAUCGCGCUGUUAAGGUUAAAAUACCCUUUAGAGUUCUCUAAGAACGUUGCUCCAGUGGACUUACCCAAUGAUGAUGACAUCUUCGAUUCUUCCUCUGAGUGUUGGAUCGCAGGCUGGGGUGAUAUUGGCAAAGUUCCUCUACCAGGAACAAAACCUCUUCAGGAGGUGCAGAUUUCCAUCUUGCCUCGGAAAGAUUGUAAAGCCAAAUAUCCGACCAUGACUGAUGCGAUGUUGUGUGCAGGCGACCCUAAAGGGAAAAAGAACCCCUGUGACGGUGACUACGGCGACCCGCUCAUGUGCCGCACAGCCAGAGGCUUUGUGCAGGUGGGAAUCAUGAGUUAUGGGAGUCCUAAUGGUUGUGAGGUUGCCGGCUUUCCUAGCAUCUACACACGAGUCUCCAGUUUUAUGGGUUACAUCAAAGAUCGCAUGAAGCAACUUGAUGAAGAAUUAGCCUCUGACUAAUGUUCCCAGAAGCCAGAGGAAGUGGGAGGCUUCCCUAACCAGCAGAGUUGCUGCCUUUCUCAGCUUGUCUCCUUAUCCACUCAACCCUUACUGCUCUCUCUCUCUCACUGUCAAACAUUUAACCACAUUGCAUUAAAGCUUUGAAGCAUCA